GGCGCAUGCGCAGAGCCGGGCCGGGGAGUUGUCGGCUGGGAAAUGGCGGCCGCGGGCUUGGUGGCUGUGGCAGCGGCUGCGGAGUAUUCUGGCCCAGUGGCGUCCGGGGCAAACCUCUCCGGCGCCAACUGUGGGCCGAGCCCUGGGGUAGGCCCUGGUCCUGGCCCGGGCUCGUGGAGCCGCUCAGUCGACCGAGCCCUGGAGGAGGCGGCGGCCACCGGGGUGCUGAGCCUGAGCGGCCGGAAACUGAGGGAGUUUCCCCGGGGAGCGGCCAACCAUGACCUGACGGACACUACCCGGGCGGACCUGUCACGAAAUCGCCUCUCAGAAAUUCCUAUGGAAGCGUGUCACUUUGUCUCCUUGGAAAGUCUUAACCUAUACCAGAAUUGUAUUCGGUAUAUCCCAGAGGCCAUUCUAAACUUACAAGCUCUGACGUUCCUAAAUCUUAGUCGGAACCAGCUGUCAACAUUGCCAGUACACUUGUGUAAUUUACCACUGAAAGUCUUAAUUGCUAGCAAUAACAAAUUGGUCUCACUUCCUGAAGAAAUUGGACAUCUCAGACAUUUGAUGGAACUUGAUGUGAGCUGCAAUGAAAUUCAAACUGUACCUUCCCAGAUUGGUAACCUGGAGGCUUUGAGAGACUUUAAUGUGAGAAGAAAUCAUCUAGUACGGUUGCCUGAAGAGCUGGCCGAGGUGCCUUUGAUACGACUCGACUUUUCCUGCAAUAAAAUCACAGCCAUCCCUGUUUGUUACCGGAACCUCCGGCACCUCCAGGUGAUCACCCUGGAUAACAACCCGCUGCAGUCGCCUCCUGCACAGAUAUGUAUAAAAGGCAAAAUCCACAUAUUUAAAUACCUGAACAUACAAGCUUGUAAGAUUGCUCCAGAUCUGCCGGAUUAUGAAAGGAGACCCUUGGGGUUUGGCUCUUGCCAUGAAGAACUGUACUCAGGCCGUCCUUAUGGAGCCCUUGACUCAGGCUUUAACAGUGUGGACAGUGGUGACAAGAGGUGGUCAGGGAAUGAGCCUACAGAUGAAUUUUCAGAUCUGCCUCUUCGAGUGGCAGAAAUUACUAAAGAGCAAAGACUGCGGAGAGAAAGCCAGUACCAGGAGAAUCGGAACAGUGUGGUAGUCACAAAUGGUGGAGUGGAGCAUGAUCUGGAUCAGAUUGACUACAUUGACAGCUGUACUACAGAAGAAGAAGAGACCAAUAUCAGACAGCCCAAAGGCCUGGACACCAACAGUCUCAGCUCACAGUUUAUGGCAUAUAUUGAACAACGACGUGUCUCCCAUGAGGGUUCACCGGUAAAGCCAAUAGCUAUUAGAGAGUUUCAAAAAACAGAAGACAUGAAAAGAUACUCACAUCAAAGCAGGGUUCCAGUUGAGACAUCAUCUGUAUUAUCACUGCCACCGAGUCACAAUCGGCUUUCACAUUCAGACUUGGAGCUUCAUCAGAGGAGAGAACAGUCAGUCGAGUGUGUGCGGAGAGAGGCACAGCUUGCUGCCCUGCAGUAUGAGGAGGAGAAAGUCAGGACCAAGCAGAUUCAGAGAGAUGCCGUCUUGGACUUUGUCAGACAAAAAGCAUCUCAAAGCCCACAGAAGCAGCAACUCCCCGGAGAUGGUGAGUGUCCUUUCCCAUCCAGAAGGUCUCAGCACACUGACGAUAGUGCCUUGUUAGUGUCGCUGUCAGGAUUGGAUCGAGUGAGCUGCGUGGCUACCCUGCCUCAUUCUUCUGCCUUCACACCUCUUAAGAGUGAUGACAGAGUUAAUGCCACCUCAAGCUUUACUACGACAGAGACAGCUCAUCAUUCCCCUGCAUAUUCUUUUCCUGCUGCUACCCAGAGAACUCAGCCCCAGCGCCCCGAAAGCUUCCUUUUCCGAGCUGCUGUUAGGGCAGAAACUAGUAGAGGCCGUGCUUCACCCCUUCUGUCUCCUGCACCUGCGACUGACUCUUCAGAUCCUUUAACAAGACAGAGAGAAGAAGAGCUGAAACUAAUAGAGCAGCUGCGGAAGCAUAUUGAGUACCGGUUAAAGGUAUCUUUGCCCUGUGAUCUUGGAGCAGCUCUCACUGACGGUGUUGUGCUUUGCCACUUGGCCAAUCAUGUUCGGCCUCGAUCUGUCCCAAGCAUUCAUGUUCCGUCUCCAGCCGUGCCUAAACUAACAAUGGCAAAGUGCAGGCGAAAUGUGGAGAACUUCCUAGAUGCUUGCAGAAAAAUCGGUGUACCUCAGGACAAUCUCUGUUCCCCCUCCGACAUCCUUCAGCUAAACCUCAGCGUUAAAAGAACUGUUGAAACUCUGCUUUCUCUUGGGGCACAUGCAGAAGAAUCCAGCUUUGUCUCUUUGUCUGUCCAGCUUCUGGGUUUCGUGGCAUUUUACUGUGCUUUAAUGUUAACUCUCUGUGUGCUUUAUUACCGCGUCUUCCCCUAUAGCUGACAGUGCAGCCGGUGCCUUCCACCUUCCUGUGCUUGGUGAAGCUUGUUUCUCAUAGCGAAUCGCUGACACACUGAGUGCUUUCAGAGUCUGACUUGA